CAUUAACUAGCAAUUAUCGCUUAACAUCAUGAGUUCGUGUAACGGAUGUCACCGCAUCGUCAGCGUUACGGAGAAAAUUACUUGUUCAGCGUGCUCGAAUGUUUAUCACUACGCAUGCGUGAGUUAUUCAAAGGAAAACUAUAAUAAACUUUCUAACAAGACAAAAAGUGCAUGGAAAUGUCCCGAGUGUAAGUUACCACGAUCAAAAGGCGAUAACAGCAAUACUCCUGUUAAAGAGGACGCGGCAGUCGUCGAUGAACCCCUCCAGUUAGAUUCAUUGGAUUCUCGAUUUAAACAGCUCGAGUCUUCUAUUGUAUCAAGACUGCAGAAUUUUUUCCACUCCAAAAUCGAGGCGUUGCACAACGACGUUAAGUCUAUCCCAGAACUGGUAAAGUCCAUAGAAUUUUUGUCCGGAGCUUACGACGAGAUGAAGUCGGAGAUGUCAAGACUGAAGACUGAAACAUCUGUGCUCCGUGAUCAGAAUACCAGGCUCAGUGAAAACGUCAAGGAACUAAGUCAUAAAUUGGCAGUAAUCGAACAGCAGGCCCGUGAAUGCAACCUCGAGAUUCAGUGUUUGCCGGAAAACCCAAAGGAAAAUCUUUUGAGUACGGUCUUGCAACUAGGUAAAGUAUCAUCUUGCCCAUUAGAAGAAAAGGACAUAUUAUCAUGCACUAGAGUUGCUAGGUUGAACCCUAAGUCAACAAGGCCCAAAUCCGUCAUUGUUAAGCUGCCGUCGACCCGUGUACGAGACAACUUGCUUGCUGCUUGUUUAAAUUACAAUAAAUCCCACCCUAAGGAAAAAUUACACAGUUCUUUGCUGGGCUAUGGAGGAGACAGAAAGCAGAUCUAUGUGUGUGAACACCUAUCUCCAAGCAACAGAUCCCUACAUGCCCAGGCUCGUCAAUUCAGAAAGGACAACGAUUACAAAUAUCUUUGGGUCCGCAAUGGCCGCAUAUUGAUGAGAAAGGACGACCAAUCUCCCGUACUGUGGGUUCGCGACACCGAGGCACUACAGGCGCUGUUAAAAUAGGGUCUUCAUCUUUUCCCUCUUUUUCUUUUUAAUAUAAGUUCUGUACAUUGUCAGGCUUAAAAGAGUUAAGUAUUUAUUAUCAAAACGUUAGGAGUAUACGUGGUAAAUUGCAUAAUUUGUAUGUAUCUAGUCUUAACUACGGUUAUGACAUCAUAAUACUCACAGAGACAUGGCUGAACGGCGGUGUAUUUGAUGCCGAAAUACUUAACGAUAACUAUCGUAUAUACCGCAGAGAUCGCGCAACCACGGCGUCUGCCAAGAGCGAUGGUGGUGGAGUCCUGGCGGCUGUGUCCAAGCGUCUUCAAUCGCGUCGACUGUCCCACUUAGAAGGUCCCGGCGAAGAUUUGUGGAUAUCCGUUACGGAUUCUAAAAGUCCCUCUGACACACUUAUUAUAUGUGCUAUAUACUUGCCACCGCCCGUUAGCAUAGACAAACUUGAUUCUCAGCUCAACGUUGUUAUGGACGGUAUUAGUUCCUUGCCAAAUACCGAAAAUUUACUAAUUGUCGGCGAUUUUAAUCUGGGAAACGUUGAGUGGAUUCCUAUCAAGAACCAUAUGCGAGCCUCUUCAGCCAUGUCUCUGCAAUCUAAAAACUGUACUGUCUCCCAUCUACUGUCGGAUUUCAUGUCUUUACACAAUUUGACACAAUUUAACAAUAUUCGUAAUCAAAAUAACAAGAUGCUUGAUCUGGUGCUUUAUAACAACAAUCUUAUAAAUGUCAAAAAUAUCAUCCACCCACUUGUAGCUCCUGAUUCGCAUCACCCAGCCAUUGUAAUUUCAAUCCCUUUCUCAACGUGCCAGUUUUUGAAAAAAAAUAACUCAAGUAAAUAUAAUUUCAUGUUGGCAAACUAUUCUGCAAUCAAUAAUGAUCUGAACUGCAUAGAUUGGGAACUUGAAUUUGGAAAAGCCAAUUCUAUCGACGACAUGGUGGAUAUCUUCUAUGAAUUAGUAAACUCAACCAUAGAAAGGCACGUCCCUAAGCUGUCUUGUCGUUCAACCAAGUACCCGUCUUGGUACUCGAAGAAUCUCAUUAGGUUGUUGAAGGAGAAGGAUAAAUUAAGGAAAAGGGUCAAACGGUAUGGCAACCCCGUUGAUAUAUUUGAUUUCGAACAGGCGAGGUCUAGGUGUCAUCUGUUAAUUAAAAAAUGUUACAAUGAGUAUAUGAGUAGAAUUGAAAAGUCUAUUAGUAAUAACGACAUGAAGGCCUUUUGGGGAUUUAUAAAAAACAAGCGUAAGAAUACCGAGUCAAUACCCAAUGUAAUGCAUUUAGGUAACGAUAAGUAUGACGAGCCUCUAUCAAUUUGCAAUGCUUUUGCUAAGCAUUUCUCAUCUGUCUUCGUACAUAACAACCUGGGUUCUCCAUUACCUGGCAAUUCUCAGGAUGACACUCUCUCUACUGAUGCUAUGCUCAGCCACAUUUACCUGUCUGUUGAUUGUGUAGAAAAGGCAUUGNUGCUCUCUGAUAAAUAUGAUGACACUCUCUCUACUGAUGCUAUGCUCAGCCACAUUUACCUGUCUGUUGAUUGUGUAGAAAAGGCAUUGAAGAGAUUGGAUCCAAAAAAGGGGGCGGGACCAGAUGUNAGGCAUUGA